UCCAUGCUUAUAUUAAAACCGUACGACACUGAAAAGUAGUACUAUUAGAAUUUACAUUAAUAUUUCAAUAAAAAGGAAUAUUUCUCUAUUCUCCUUUAAAUGCAUUGUGACUUCACACUAUCACGAACUUGCACGAACUGUCAACUGAUAAUAGCUUUUUCGCGUAGUUGGGUGGUUGUACAUGCAUUUAAAAGCAAUGUUUGCAAAAAAAUGAAAAGUUUUUCGUAAAAUCCAGAUUGAUAUUAUUCAGUACACUAUAGUGGAGUUGUCAUCAUUGUCAUCACACUUGUUUAAAUGCGAUAAAAUCAUCUGAAAAUCUGAUGAUUUUACCUAACCUCUACAAAGCAACGCAACAAUGGUGAUAUAUGGUGUUUACAUCGUGUCAAAGUCUGGUGGUUUAAUUUUCAAUCACGAUCAUAAUGUUCCAAAAAUUGAAGUCGAAAAGUCUUUCAACUUUCCGCUUGAUAUUAAAUUGAAUUAUGAAAACAAGAAAGUGGUGGUAGCUUUUGGACAAAGAGAUGGAAUAAAUGUGGGUCAUGUGUUGUCAGCUGUCAAUGGAAUUGCAGUCACAGGUCGUGAACUUGAAGAUGGAAGAGAUGUUUUGGAGAUGUUAGAACAAUCAGAAAAUUUUCCCAUAACUUUGAAGUUUAGUCGGGCAAAAAUGACAACAAACGAGAAAAUAUUUUUAGCUUCAAUGUUUUACCCACUGUUUGCUAUAGCAAGCCAGCUAAGUCCAGAACCGCGAUGUUCUGGAAUUGAGGUCCUCGAAGCAGAUACAUUUCGUUUAUAUUGUUUCCAGACAUUGACAGGUAUUAAAUUUAUGAUAGUAGCAGAGCCGUCACAAUCAGGGAUGGAAAUCCUAUUAAAAAGAGUAUAUGAUCUAUAUGCUGAUUAUGCGCUAAAGAAUCCAUUUUAUGCACUGGAAAUGCCCAUUCGAUGUGAAUUAUUCGAAACUAAUUUACAGACAUUGCUGGAAACAGUUGAAAAAUCUGGGAUAAGCAAUGUUUAAUUUUAAUUUGAUAUACCAUAGAUUGUUAACAAAUUUAAUUAAAAAAGAAUAUAU